AUGGAAGCCUACGAGGCUCGGAUGUACGAGGAGGCUCGAGUCAUUGAGAUUCGCCGCAAGCAGCGCGAGGUUUAUGAGCGAAUCAAGGCUCACAAGGAGGGGCGGCCGCUGCCAGCAAAGGGCACUCCCUACGUGACGCUAAAGCCGACACCUACAGAGCCUCCAAAGCCAGAGGAAUUCGAUGUUUCGGGCCACUACAAGCCUGAGGAG